AAUUCAUUUGCUGCGGAACCGCGCGAGAGCGCGCAUCGUGCGUGAAACGUGAAAAACGUGUGUGGCCAGAGUAAUCGGGGGGCCUAGUGGCCAUCAGUGUUUUGUGUUUGUGCUACCGUGUAUACGGAAGAAAGUUUCGAUCGACGCACAAAGGCGAGGCAAACAAAUCAGCAACACACAACAGCUGAGAGGCCGCGCGUCUUGCGUAUUUGCGUCAUUUAGUAUAGGGCGCGCUCCGCCCUUCCAAAACCUGUGGGAGAACGUGCCGUGAGUGAGUCCCGAAAGCAAAAAAAGCGGGGUCCUUGAGAAGAGCAGUUUGUGCCGUGCGUGUGUCGAUUUUUAGCUUUCGCACUGUCCUUGCGCCCAACGCAACGCAACGAUGGAGGAGAAAAGCCUGCUGCUGAACGUGCACAGCAACCUGGAACCGCCGAAACCCGACGGAAACACGUACCUGAUGCGGGGCAACUACCACUACUAUCACUACGGCUGCGACGGCUUCCAGGACAUGGGUUGGGGCUGCGGCUACCGGACACUGCAGUCGAUCUGCUCGUGGAUCAUCCAGAGUGGUGGCUCGGCAAGGACGGCGACCAGCGGCUGCGACGUGCCGAACAUCCCCACCAUCCAGCAGACGCUGGUCGAGAUCAAGGAUAAACCGGAGCGGUUCUUUGGGUCGCGCGAGUGGAUCGGAACGCUUGAGGCGAUCUACGUCAUCGACACGCUAUACGAUGUAUCCUGCAAGGUGCUGCACAUUGCCCGGAGCGACACGAUCGCCAAACAUGCCGAUACGCUGCGGGACUACUUCGAGCAGUACGGUGGCCUGAUCAUGAUGGGCGGCGACAUGGAUGCGGCCUCCAAGGGUAUCGCCGGGAUCCACGUGAGCGUCGACCAGGACGUGUACCUGCUUGUGGUAGAUCCGCACUACGCUGGCAAAAUCCAAACGAAAGAGGAACUGUACACGAAGCAGUACGUCAAGUGGCAAAAGGUGGAAGACUUUGUCGACAGCUCGUUCUACAAUCUGUGCCUGCCGAUGCUCAAGGGCCGCGAUCCGGCCGCGUAGGCCGGUGUCGUCGAGGUGCGUCGAGUAAUACAGGACUUUUGUAGUGGACAAAAUUGGACAAUAGUGUUUUGUUGCCAUCUCUCAAUGUAUCGUAAAACAAACCCCGGUCGGAGAAGCUUUCCGGAAGCGAAGCGAGGACGCGAAGCGUCAAACAAACCCUUACCUGCGAACGAACGACAGGACACUCUAGUAUAGCGUGUAAAUGUAAGCAACGUAAAAUGCGAUUUUCUAUGUAAUCAAAACAAACGAACCAGGUUCUGUGGCCGAACGUAUCUCCAGCACAAGCACAGGUCGUCGUGCUCGUCAUCGUCAGCAUAUCUCGUGAGUUUUGGGGCCGGUCCAAAAAUUCAAACCCCCCCAAGUCACAACGCGCAGCCUCUAGGGCCACAUAUACUUCCACUUCCUCCCGAACACGCGUUCAUGUGGGACCAAAACGUUCGGUUUGGCAUAGCGACCACCAGUGGGACAAGUGGAUAUCAUCCUGUCGUUCGUGUGGGGGACUUCCUUUAGUGUAUAGUAGAAAAUGUGUUGAUUGGGAACCAAAUAGACAAAUUCGAAACGAGCAACGUAGCAAAAUUGCUAAUGAAAUAUAAUCUCGAAAGUUAGGCAAUUAGAGUGUCGCACCACCCUUCGUUCCCCCCUUGCCAAUGGAAUUCGCGGUGUCAUUCGGACGGAACAGUGGUAAAAUAAGCUUUCUGAUCAGGCUUCCCGGACUAAGUUUCUUAAUUAUCGUUUCCGUUAACUACCGUUUACACUCAUCUGUGUACUGUGCCUUUGUAUUUUUUGUAGCUCGAUUAAAGGCCCCAUUUAAUUUGAAACAGCUGAAAAGCUGAACUUUGCGAUGCUUACGAACUCAACCACUGCCAAUAUCUAUACGCUGGUCGGCGGUCGGUGUCGAUUUGUUUUCUUUCAUCCCAAAGGCAGAUUUCUCGUGAAGAUAGGCAAUGGUACAAUUAUGUUAAAUACUAAUUUAAACGCGCUGGUAAAGGUAAACGUUGCAAACAAACAAAAGUCCCCCUUUAAAAAUCCGGUUAGUGUGUUGAAGUUUCUCGUUGCGUUCUUAUCGGUUGUGUCUUCUCCUUAAGCCGCUAGUAAAAGAACGCUGCCACGGCGAAUGGACCGGCCUCGGACCCAUUGCCGCCAUUGGAUUUCUAAUCCGACGAUUCUAAUAUUUAAACAAACAUUAACACGAUCAAAGAUAGUAGCGUAGUUAUGGCAACCGCAAAAAUGGAAGCAUUGUGGAUUAUUUUUGUUGUUAUGUAUUUAUAGAUUUUAAAAUGUGAACGAACCCCAGCGGCGAGAAUAAAGAAAAGAAAG